AUGUAAAUAAAUUGAUACGGUCUAUGGAACAGGAAAAAUUUUCAGACCUUGUAUGCUUUCAGGGUGAUCUUGUUACAACUGACCAGCAGUGUACUCAAGUAUAUCUGAUUUUAGCAGCAUAAAGAGGCAGACCUCAACUUUUCCACUUCCCUUGCACUUAGCAUAGAGGUGAAACAAAAUGAAAGAAACAGAAAUCUCCAAAACAAACAGUGAUUAACCAGGUCUGCAGCCAAGAACACUAUGCUGUUCUUUCUAGCAUUCUUCGAGCUGCAUAUACCUUACAGAAGAGGAAAAGAAAUGAGCUGAAGAAAUGGGCAUGAAAAGACAUUAAAACAAAGAAACAGACACAGGGAGAAACACACAACAGUAACAACUGACUGGGAAGGUGAGGCAACUCAGGUUAUCAGGGUUUCUCAAGGACUUCGACAAUGCUGCUCCGCUCAGGCCGCCAAAAGCCGUAUGAAGUGCUUGCCUCUGGAAGGCAACUGGCUAAAGGCAAAUCUCUGCAGUGCAAUACAGCAGCAGCUUCUGAAAAGUCAGUAAAAUUGCCAGCGUUUAGUCUGCGAAAAACAGUGAAGUGCUAUUUACUGACUGAAGAUUCAAAAACAGUGCAUUUUGACUUAGAUGAAGAUGGUCAUCAUGAAAUAUCAACCAAAGAUUCACAGUCCCAUGAAGAUAUCGCAUGGUUAAGCAUGUUCACAAGCAAUGAACCAGCAGUUAGUGCAAAAACAUGCUCUAAAAAUGUGGUGGUCCUCACACAGAGAUCAAAGCAUAACGAAUUUGUCCUUUUGUGCAAGGGUAAAAAGCAGCUCUGUCUGAAGGUCUUAAAAGGAUGUUGUUCAGAGCCAGAUUAUCCUUCAAUGAGAAGACACAACAGGAAAACAUGCAAGCACGAAGAUCCUGACUUCAAACAGCUGAGCGAAGAUAAUCACUUUUUCAUCAUGCAUUGUGAAGGAGAGUCAGUGAAAUUCCAGUGCUAUGAAGACACAAAUUACUUUCUGCAUGUGAAUGAUGACUCACUUGAUAUACGCAAGCCAGAUCACAAAGACCCCAACGGAGAGAAAAAUUUUUUCUUCAGGGUGUCAUACUUAUAGAGAAAAUAUUUCUUCUACCCUUCAGUGGCCUAAGUGUCCGUACAGCUCCUACAAUAAUUUAACAGGAAAGAAGAAAGGUUGAGACAAACUAAUUUCCAUUUUGCCUUAUUUUUCACUUUUUUUUUUUUUGGGGCGGGGGGUAAUUUCUUGAAUCACCCUUCUGCAUGAGUAAUAUCCCAUAUUUCUGUACUUAUGAAUAGGAAGAGAGAAUGGCAAAGUCUGAAAAAUAUACUAACUAAUUAGUCUCUUCAUAUCUUACCUGCAUAGUUAUAGUUUUAGGGAGCUGAAUUCUCCCUGAAGGGGAAAAACACACAGGGCAUAUCUCAAAGACAGGAGAAAAAGGAAUCAUGCACAGUCAUGGAAUACAAAGCACACAGGCAUGAAAUACAAAGAGCAGCUAGUUUUCUAUAUUGUAAAAGCUUUACUUUUUAAAAACAUAGGUCUUUUAUGAGCUUGCCUGAACUUGAAAAGAAAACCCUUGGAAGUCAUUAAAUGCAUACAUACAUGUACUGACUGACUGACUGUGGGAAGGCAGUGAGGAAGGCAUCUCUCAUCUAAAGGAGAGCAAAGGAAGAGGUUACGGUUUGGCAGGCGACGUGUCUGCCUCUGCAGGUCGCAGUAAGCCCAUACUCCAUCCUGCAAUUUCAGCGUCCGUGCAGCACAGCAGCUUUCUGAGAGCACGGAGCAUCAGAGUCACGGUGGACUGGUGAAACUGACUGGGCAAAACAGAUGCCUGUGGACACAGGCAAAGAGUUAUUCUGGCUGACAUACGGAGUCCUAGGGGGAAAUGCCGUCAAGUUUUCAGCCACAAAGCAGAGGCAUAACAACAUCUGGAAAGUAAUUCAGUGUUCUAAGUGACUUAAAGAAAUAAUAAUAAUAAUAAUAAACCUCUGGGUGCUUACAUCAGGGACACUGAAGGAGCAGUAAUGGGCUCUGUCAGUGUGAAAGGAAAGAUGUUGACCGUUAAAGUUCAUACACUGUACUCUGCAAGGCACAAAACAUUUGAAGUACAAGAGGAAAUAAAGCCAAAACUACGCACAGGAUUAGUAGGUGUUUAAAAUGUGGUAUUCCACUGCUGUACAUGUAGUCACACUGUGAUUUGGUGGCAUUUUUCUUUGAUGCACUGCAUCUGUGAUAGAUGCAUACUGUGAAUGUAUGUGUAUGAAUGAUAGGCACUACGCACCUAUGCCAAGAAGUUGCAGUGGAACAGUGUACAAUCUACACAAUACUACAAUUGCAGGAAUUUUUAUGUGUAACUAUAAUAGACGAUAAAUGUCUGAAAUAGGAAUCCUAAUGUCAGUCAAUCAUACCAAUGCACAUUACAGCAAGGCAAUUUCUUCUUCUUUUCUUUUUUUUAUCUUUUUGUCAAUAGCAGUGCAGAAUUUCAGUGCUGGACUCAUAUACUCAUAGUGAAAUAGUGAAAAUCCUUUUGCUGCUUCCAGUGCUGAUCGAACAAAAGAGAGCUUUUGAAUAUUCCUUAAAUAAUACUUAUUUUUAUGGAUCUGUUAAGUGUUCACUGCAGUCAGUGGGUGGGAAACAACAAC